AUGGGACACCCCAAAAGUUCCCUGGCUGCUGUCCGGGGGGGGAGCGGCGGCGGCGGCGGCGGAGCCGGGGCUGGGGUCGGGGGGGGCGGUCCGGGGCCACCUCCUCCUCCCUUGUCGCUGUCGCCGGUCCCUCCGCCCUGGUACCACCGGGACCUGAGCCGGGCGGCGGCCGAGGAGCAGCUGGCCCGGGCCGGGCGGGACGGAAGCUUCCUGGUGCGGGACAGCGAGAGCGUGGCAGGGGCCUUCGCACUGUGCCUCCUGUUCCAGAAGCAUGUCCACACCUACCGCAUCCUGCCCGACGAGGAGGACUUCCUGGCAGUGCAGACCUCGCAGGGGGUGCAGGUGAGACGCUUCAAGACCCUGAGCGAGUUGAUCGCCCUCUACCUCCAGCCCAACCAGGGCCUGGUCUGCACCCUCCUCUUCCCCGUCGAGAGGGACAAGGAGAAGGACAGCCUGGAGGACAAGGACUACUCAGACGGAGAGGACGAGAAGCCGCCGCUGCCGCCCCGCUCCGCCGCCCCCGGGGGGCUCAGCCCCACCGGCCCCGCGCCGGCCCUGCCCGACCCUGCCGCCGACAGCCCCAAUGGCCUCAGCAGCAUCUCCCAUGAGUACCUGAAGGGCAGCUACAGCCUGGACCUGGAGGCCGUCAGGGGUGGGGCCAGCAGCCUCCCACACCUCAACAAGACCUUGGUGACCUCCUGCAAACGGCUCCACAGCGAGGUGGACAAGGUGCUGGCAGGGCUGGAGAUCCUCUCCAAGGUCUUUGACCAGCAGAGCUCCUCCAUGGUCUCCAAGAUCCUGCAGCAGCCUGCAGGGCAGAGCGGGGAGCAGGAGCUGGAGACCUUGGUGCUGAAGCUCUCGGUGCUGAAGGACUUCCUGGCCAGCAUUGAGAAGAAGGCGCUGAAGGCUCUGCAGGACAUGAGCUCUGCUGCCCCUGCUGCCCCCUGCCAGCCUCUGUCUCGCAAGGCCAAAAGCAUCCCCGUGCAGACCUUCGAGGUGAAGCUGGACGUGGGCCUGGGGGACCUGACCAAGAUCGGGAAGUCGCAGAAGCAGAGCCUGAGCGUGGACGUGGAGGGCGGCAGGGUGGUGGUGCUGCGGCGCCAGAGGGACAGCCAGGAGGACUGGAACACCUUCAGCCACGACAAGAUCCGGCAGCUGAUCAAAUCCCAGCGGGUGCAGAACAAACUGGGCAUCGUUUUUGAGAAGGAGAAGGACAGGACCCAGCGCAAGGACUUCGUCUUCGUCAGUGCCAGGAAGCGAGAGGCCUUCUGCCAGCUGCUGCAGCUGAUGAAGAACAAGCACUCGCAGCAGGACGAGCCGGACAUGAUCAACAUCUUCAUUGGCACCUGGAACAUGGGCAGCGUCCCCCCCCCCAAGAACAUCACCUCCUGGUUCACCUCCAAGGGCUUGGGCAAGACCUUGGACGAGGUGACCCUGGCCAUCCCCCACGACAUCUACGUCUUUGGGACCCAGGAGAACUCCCUGGGGGACAAGGAGUGGGUGGACUUCCUCAGGGCUGUCCUCAAGGACUUCACCGAGGUGGAAUACAGACCAGUGGCCAUGCAGUCGCUGUGGAGCAUCAAGGUGGUGGUGCUGGUGAAGCCUGAGCACGAGAACCGCAUCAGCCACAUCAGCACCUCCUGCGUCAAGACCGGCAUCGCCAACACGCUGGGCAACAAGGGAGCUGUGGGAGUCUCCUUCAUGUUCAAUGGCACCUCCCUGGGCUUUGUCAACUGCCACCUCACCUCUGGCAGCGAGAAGACAGCCAGGCGCAACCAGAACUACCUGGACAUCCUGCGGCUGCUGGCGCUGGGGGACAAGCAGCUGAGCUCCUUCGACAUCUCCCUGCGCUUCACUCACCUCUUCUGGUUCGGAGACCUCAACUACCGCCUCGACAUGGACCUGCAGGAGAUCCUCAACUACAUCAGCAGGAGGGAGCUGGAGCCCCUGCUCAGGGUGGAUCAACUCAACCUCGAGAAGGAGAAGCACAAAAUCUUCCUCCGCUUCGGCGAGGAGGAGAUCACCUUCCCCCCCACCUACCGCUACGAGAGAGGCUCCAGGGACAACUACGUCUGGCACAAGCAGAAGCCCACCGGGGUGCGCACCAACGUCCCCUCCUGGUGCGAUCGCAUCCUCUGGAAGUCCUACCCCGAGACCCACAUCAACUGCAACGCCUACGGCUGCACGGAGGACAUCGUCACCAGCGACCACUCUCCUGUCUUCGCCUCCUUCGAGGUCGGAGUCACCUCCCAGUUCGUCUCCAAGAAAGGGCUGUCCAAGGCCUCUGAGCAGGCCUACAUCGAGUUUGAGAGCGUGGAGGCCAUCGUCAAGACCUCCAGCCGCACCAAGUUCUUCAUCGAGUUCUACUCCACCUGCCUCGAAGAGUUCAAGAAGAGCCUGGAGAAUGACAGCCAGAGCAGCGACAACAUCAACUUCCUCAAGGUGCAGUGGUCCUCCCGGCAGCUGCCCACGCUGAAGCCGAUCCUGUCGGACAUCGAGUACCUGCAGGACCAGCACCUCCUGCUCACCGUCAAGUCCCUGGACGGCUACGAGUCCUACGGGGAGUGCGUGAUCGCCCUCAAGUCCAUGAUUGGCAGCACUGCCCAGCAGUUCCUCACCUUCCUCUGCCACCGCGGCGAGGAGACCGGCAACAUCCGCGGGGGCAUGCGGGUCAGGGUGCCCAGCGAGCGCCUGGGCACCAGGGAGCGGCUCUAUGGUGAGGGCAGCACCCGGCCUGGCACCGGGGUGGGCGUGGUGGGAGCAGGGUGGGCACCAGGGAUAAGGAUGGGCACAAGGGAGAGGCUCUAUGGUGAGGGCAGCACCCGGCCUGGCACCGGGGUGGGCGUGGUGGGAGCAGGGUGGGCACCAGGGAUAAAGAUGGGCACCAGGGAGAGGCUCUAUGGUGAGGGCAGCACCCAGCCUGGCACCGGGGUGGGCGUGGUGGGAGGAGGGUGGGCACCAGGGAUAAGGAUGGGCACCAGGGAGAGGCUCUAUGGUGAGGGCAGCACCCGGCCUGGCACCGGGGUGGGCGUGGUGGGAGGAGGGUGGGCACCAGGGAUAAGGAUGGGCACCAGGGAGAGGCUCUAUGGUGAGGGCAGCACCCGGCCUGGCACCGGGGUGGGCGUGGUGGGAGCAGGGUGGGCACCAGGGAUAAAGAUGGGCACCAGGGAGAGGCUCUAUGAGUGGAUCAGCAUUGACAAGGACGAGGCAGCAGCAGCCAAGGGCAAGGUGGCACCGGGUGCCAGGCUCAACCAGGACCAUGCCAGGUCUGCAGGUCGGAAGGCCCCUGGUGCUGAGCCCCCCCCCAGCACCCCCUGUGUCCCAGCAAAGCUGCCAGAGGAAGCUGAGAAGGUGCCCAGCACCCCUGCCCCCCGGCCCCCAGCACCAAUCCGGAGCGCCACCCGCGACGAGCCCAGCACCAGCCGCUCCAAGGUGGAGGCGGCAGGGGACCCCCCCUUGAAGAACAGCUUCAACAACCCUGCCUACUACGUGCUGGAGGGGGUCCCCCACCAGCUGCUGGCCGCCGGGGACCCUGGCAAGCCCCCGGCCGCCAAAGCCAAGCCGCAGCUGCCCGUCCCCGAGCGGCGGCGGCAGCCCUGCGCCGCCCAGCCCCCGCCCUGCCCGGGGGACGGAAGCUCCUCGGAUGAAGACUCCGCCACCCUCACCCUGCCCCCUCCGGACUUCCCCCCUCCCCCCUUGCCCCGGGAGCUGGAGGUGCCCCCCGGCCCCUUCGGGGGCAGUGCCAAGGAGGUGCCAGCUCCCGCGGGGCGGGAGGAGCCCAAGCCGCGGCCGAGCCUCGGGGAGGUUCCUGCGGCCAAGCCGCAGCCUCGGCCGCCGCCGGCGCCUCCUGCCCUUGGCUUUGGCUUGGAGCCUCCUCCUGCCGCCGCCUCCUCCUCUUCCUCCCCUCCCGGGGGUCUCCUGGACGACCGCUCCUGCUCGGUGCUGCAGAUGGCCAAGACCCUGAGCGAGGUGGACUACGGCGGGGGGAAGGGGAAGGUGCCCCCAGCCCAGCCCCUGGUGGCCAAAGGGGGGAGGUUGGAGCUGCCCCACCGCUGCCUGCCCCCCGACUUCGGCCGUCCCAUCGCCUUCCCCCCACAUUCCAUCCGGGAGAGCAUCCAGGAGGACCUGGCCGAGGAGGCGCUGUGCCAGCCGGGCCAGGCGGCGGUGCCAGGCGUGGGCGAGUGGCUGCGGGCGCUGGGGCUACAGCGGUACGAGGAGGGGCUGCUGCGCAACGGCUGGGACGACCUCGACUUCCUCAGCGACAUCACGGAGGAGGACCUGGAGGAAGCAGGGGUGCUGGAGCCUGCCCACAAGAGACUCCUUCUGGAGAGCCUCCAGCUCCGCAAGUAGCCAGGGGUCAGCUGCCCGGAUCCCACCGCCUG